AUGUAUCGGUGCGUUCGAGUUGCUGCACCCGAUAGCAUGCUGCAAUGCAUAUUGGGGCGUAACUCGCCAGAAGAUGAAUUCAGCGUCUAUAAGCUGGAUAUAGUUACGUAUGAAACCAAGCCAGCAGCGUUUCUGGCCAUACGGGCAAUGCAUCAGCUCGCCUCGGAUGAGUUCUCAUCUUACCCCUUAGGCGCACAAAUCGUUAUGCGCGACUUCUACGUAGAUGAUCUGAUAUCCGGUGGAAACACGGUAGAAGAAGUACUCGAAAUCAGGCAUCGAACGACCAGCCUCCUCGCUCGCAGCAAUUUCCGCUUACGGAACUGGUGCUCCAAUAGCCAGGAGCUUCUGGGUGAUAUCCCUAAUGCUGAUAGAGAAAGUUUCCUGAAAUUUUAUGGCGGUAGCAACAUCACCAAAGCAUUGGGUCUUGUAUGGGAUCCACUCAAGGAUAGUUUCUUCCUUGGCAGGAAUUCCAAACGUUCUGCAUUGUCUACCAUAGCUCGUUGCUAUGAUCCACUUGGACUUAUUGGUCCGACUCUAACCAAGGCGAAAAUUAUUAUGCAGCGUAUGUGGAGGGAUAAACUUGAGUGGGACGAGGGCCUACCGCAAUCGCUUGAUACAGCUUGGUCUGCAUUCUGCAAGGACUUCGUCGACGUGCAUCACUUAUCAUUCCCGCGUUACAUAGGGGCCACACAGGAAGUCCACACAUUUUGCGAUGCCAGCCUCGAGGGUUACGGCGUUUGUAUUUAUGCUCACUCAAUCAAAGAUGGCUACAUUCAAGUUCAUCUAUUGUGUUCAAAGGCUCGAGUCGCCCCGCUGAAGACGCAUACUGUGCCAAAGCUAGAGCUCUGCGCUGCUGGUUUACUAGCACAUUUAGCAGCCGAAAUCGCAAAAAUGAAGGCUUUUGACCGCUCGUUUUACUGCUGGUCGGACUCGACUGUGGUGUUGUCAUGGCUAAAGGAAGUACCCUCUCAAUUCAACGUGUUUGUAGCUAAUCGGAUUUAUAGUAUUCAGCAACUUACAGGGGGCAUGCAGUGGCGCUACGUUCCUACAGCCAUGAACCCAGCGGAUAUUUUGUCUUAA